UGGUGCAUUGAGUGCGAGUGCGGCGUGAGCUGGUAAAUGGUGUGAACUUCGUUUGUGUUCGGGUCGUGCAUAGUUCGCAGAUUGGAAUCUUAACAAGCACCAGAAAAUUUCUUCCGUGACCCUUGGUUCUCGGGCUUGUGACCGAGAUUGGAUGUAUCAGAGUGCUUUUUAAGGAAUUUUCCAGACUUUGUUGCUAUUAAGUAGGCCCAAAAGCUGAACCUUGAUUUGUGAGAAACUGCAAAUCAACCUUUUUUUUAAAGUUGUCCCAGAACUUUUCCGUACCUUCACCCUCCGCCCCUUAAUUACACUCAAGAAGAAGGGGCUUGUCGCCGAAAGACCGUUCCUGAUAACGCGCUUCCUUGCAUAAGGCCAACUCAGAUUCCACGCCCGGCAUCAUGUAUGGACCCCCCCAUCUUCACCAGGAGUGAUCCCUGAAUGCAGAGAAAAGUGUAAGCCCUAAGCUUCGCCGGGUCGGGCUCCAAGUAAGCCGGAGUUUCUGGAACAUCUCUACCUGGUGCUGAUUCACUGCAUCAUGAAUUUCUAUUUCACUAGCAUUCGCAGCUUUCCUAAGCUCUGGACAAGUUGCCAAUACCUAGGACUAGGGCCAGGACAAUCUUCUCUCACUCAUUUGGAACAUUGUUGUGGCCUCAAGAACCAAAAGAAGUGGUUUUCUUGUAAAACAGUUUCUCCACAAAAUACCAAAGCAAAUAAUCUGCUGAUUGCCAAGGCCAGAUAUCGCAGGAAAGGAGAUGAGGACAACAAUAAGCAAGUGCCUUCUGAGUCUCCUCAUUUUUUUGCAGCUGGAUCUGCUAAGAAGAGAUCACAGAAUAGUCAUCCAAAUAAAGAGCAGGUCUUGCCACCUUCAAGGAAAUCUUUUCAGGUCCCAACAGAACCUCUGACUUCAGAGCAGUGGUCUAAACUUAAGGCAGAUUUUAAAGGAAAAGCUAACUUUGAAAAUUGGAUCAUUUCACAAAUGGUCCGCGCUCACAGCUCUGUGGAUGUGGCCAAGUCUCUGCUGGCUUGGGUAGCUGCAAAGAACAGUGGUAUUGUAGGCUAUGAUUUACUGGUCAAGUAUUUGUGUCUCUGUGUCUUUCAUAAGCAGACAUCAGAAGUCAUUGACGUCUAUGAAAUCAUGAAAGCCCGAUACAAGAGCUUAGAAUCGGGAGCCAAUACUCUUCUCAUCCGAGGCUUAAUUCAUUCGGACAGAUGGAGAGAGGCAGUGCUAUUGCUAGAGAACAUCAAAAAAGUCAUGGUGCCUUCAAAAAGCAAUUAUAAUGAGUGUAUCCAGGGAGCACUCCUUCAUCAAGAUGCAAACUUAGCUUGGAGUUUGUAUCAAGAAUUGUUAGAUUAUGAACUUAUUCCUCUGUUGGAUACUUUUAAAGCCUUCUUCGAUUUUGGAAGAGGCAUGAAUGAUGAUCAAUAUGCAAGGAAGCUACAAGAUAUUCUCUUAUAUCUAAGAAAUAAUCGACUAUACCCUGGGGAAUCACUUGCACACAGUAUAAAAACAUGGUUUGAGAGCGUUCCUGGAGAACAAUGGCAGGGACAAUUCACUACAAUUCAGAAAAGUGGUCAGUGCUUGAACUGUGGAAAAACCAUAGAGUCUAGUCAGCUGAGUUCAGAGGACUAUGACUAUCUCCAGGGGAAAAUCAUGAAGGAUGUGAUCGAUGGAGGUGACCAGUACAAAAAGACAACACCUCAGGAACUCAAGAGAUUUAAGAACUUUGUGAAAACCUGUCCUCCUUUCGAUAUCGUCAUCGAUGGGCUGAAUGUUGCCAAAAUGUUUCCCAAAAGUCGGGAAUCUCAAAGUCUCUUGGAUGUGGUCUCCCAGCUCUCUGAGCUGAAUCUGCGGCUGCUGGUCCUGGGUCGGAAGCACAUGCUGAUACCAAGUUCCCGAUGGAGAAAGGACGAGAUGGAAAGGGUGAAGAAGCUAGCGAGCUGUUUCUUUGCAGACAACAUCUCUGAGGACGACCCGUUCCUUCUGUAUGCCACACUGCACUCAGGCAAUCACUGCAAGUUUGUCACAAAUGAUCUGAUGCGGGACCACAAGGCCUGUCUACCUGAUGCCAAGACCCAGAACCUGUUCUUUAAGUGGCAACAAGGACAUCAGCUGGCAAUUACUGCUAAGCUUGCAGGAUCGAAAGUAGUCUUUCAGCCUAUUCUCAGCUAUGACACAGUCGUGCAGACAACUGGAGACUCGUGGCACAUACCAUAUGAUGAUGACCAGGUGGAAAGAUGCUCCUUUGAAGUGCCAACCAAAUGGCUUUGCCUUCACAGAAAGACAUAAAGACUCUUCACUUCUAGAUUUGUGUGCGAGGUCAACCUGGUUUUGUCAGAGAACUUAAGUCAGACUUGGCAAAAGCUCGGCUUCUUUUCUGUUUGAUCCCUUUGGUUUGUAUGUCAAUAAAUUGAUUUUUAAAUGAA